AUGGAACUUUUUCGAAAGCAAUUAAAGGUAACAAACCACCGAGUUUGAGAAGAAAUCACACAAUUGUGUCUUGCAGAUGUUGAAUGGCAAUCUCGCAAAUCGCGUCGGAAAACUACAAUCUGAAACACCGUGAGUCACACUUUUUGGCUCUUUUUUCGAAUUAGAUUUUUCCAUUUAUGCGAACAUGAAAUUCAAAGAAAUUGUUCAACUAGACUCCAAAAAGCUUUGAUCCUAUAUUAACUUUCUUAUUUUCAAGAUGACGCAACAAGCAGAGCAUAACAAUGAUCCCGAUCUUUGUAAGUAGUAACUUAGCCCGGCUCGGCGAUUUUUCCAGUCGCAAGAAAUGUCUCGAAGAGGAAGCUUCUUGGUAUGUUUCCCCCCGAAAAUCCAAUUCUCACGUCGUCCUCUUUUUUGCAGUCUCCGCCAAAGAGUCAUAGGAAAUAACCGAAAUCGGUCAAUUCCGAGAGCACGAAGUUGCGCGGUCAUACGCAGUGAGUUUCGCGCACUUGUUCGAAGAAAAGUUCGUUGAAAACGUUUUUGUUCAGGCCUUCGAAAUGUGGACGAACGAAAUGACGACCAAGUUCGUGCUGAAGAAAAAAAAGCAAAGUGUCGAAGCGAAUUUGAAGGAGUGCUAUUGAGCACAAUGGAAGAUGAUUGGAUUAAAUCGGGACAAAUUGUUUUUAAAGUUUGAUAUCAAAAAAUUUAAAUAAAUAUUUAUAAUGUUAACAUUUAGUACAACAAUGUGUCGUCAGUUGCAACGUUUUUUACGUUCAAGUACUUUACAUAGCUGUGAAACAUUACCAAGACCAAUUUUUUCCACUAUUGUAGAGUCUCAAAAAUGUUCUAGACCCAUAAUCAUAAUCUCAGUCUUGUCUCUUUCUCAGCUCCUCUCGGAAGCGUGCCCAAUUUCGACUGAUAUUUGGAGCCUGAAGUUUGAGGCAGGUGCUCAUUAGCCGUGUUUACGGGUGGUUUUCGAAACGAGUUUGCCCGGAAACAAAUCCGCAGUCGGUGAAACGCGCAGUCUAAUUCGAAAUUCCGCACUCAACCCGCUUUGCUUGCUUAUUCCAAUUUCUAGCCGUUUCAAUGUUUCACCAACUCUCAAUGGAUCCUCCCGGACAAGUGCUGCCCGGCUUUUACGGCGGUAUGAUCCUGAUGUCCUACAAAACGAAGGGAAAAACGGGUUUGUGUGCAAUCCAAUUCGUAUACUCGACGACAAAGGUGUACGUGAUCGAGGAGGAGACGAACGAAUGGAAAACGCCGUUCGACAUCACCUCAAUCGGUCACUUCCAGCAGAUAAAACCACUUCUCGAUAGAGUGAUCGACGUCACGGACGAUCUGAUAAACAACAACGUCUGGGACUACAAUACCCAGAUUCAAAAAAUGGUUUCCAGUUCCAUAGAAACAAAGAAUAAAACGAGUUUUCAGUUGAUCGUCUGCAGCAACUCCUUAAUAGCCAAGCUGAAAGAGUUUGCGAAUUUCCUUUACAGAUUUCAGAUGGGCCGGGAAAUCGAGUCUCAAAUCGCGAUCAGAUACACACUUGACGAAAUUCUAAAGUAUUAUGUACCGGACAAUUGUGGUGUGUUGGCCGCCUUUUGAAACACGACUUUUUUCCUCAUUUUACAGUCGCAAUCGGACUGAACUUUGGUUUGGAAUGCGAGUGUGCGGUGGUGUCGAAAAACUACACGUCGCAGAGCUGCGCAACCACUGUUCUCGACGGCGGAUCUAUGGCGAUAAUGGAGUCGGCGCGUGAGAGAAUCUUUGAAAAUCUAUUCGAUUGUAUCAAUGAUCCGCCACCGAACAAUCCGUUCACCGCCAUAUUCGAUAUUUUCAAACGGACACUCUGUCCGAAUGGCUUCCAAUUAACGGCAUUGUUCGAUAAAAUUUACAACUACACAGCGGUCCUAAAUUUCAUCCUUCAGCUCAUUGAAAGUGAGUUGUUCGAAUGAGAUUGGUGAACUAAAUUCUGAAUUGUAGAAGCAAAGGAUGGAACGACAGAGGAGCAGUCUGAAAUUAAAAACUUGUUCAAGACUGUCGGCGUACGGGUCGCCAACAGUGUUAUCAAUACAAUUCAUCAGAAUUAUCAUAGGGUAAGGGGUAGAUUUUUGAUAGAUCAACCGGGUUUUUUUGUUGCUAUUCUCUACAGACAGACCAAUCGUCUCUGCAUAUAUUUCUGGGCGGAGACGUGGACAAUGUGAUGGAUCUGACGGUUCUCGAAGGAUUCGCCGAUCAGUUCGUCUCAUUGUCACUAGUGAAACGCAUCCAAUUGUACCGGCCGACGGUGGAUGACGUGGUGACUGCGGUGAGCGCUUUCAAUCGGGAAGCACGCACCAACUUCGAAGUCAAAUCGGAAAAGUGGAAGGCAACGUACACAAUUGAUUACCUCGGAGACAAUCAAAGGGAGUACAAUAUCGUGAAUGUCAAUAGUCAAUAA